AUGGAUUCCAGCGAGCCAACUCUCUUUGAGAAUGCUACCAUUAUCUGCUACGACGAAGAGACCCAGUCAUCGAAGAUCUUGCGCAAUGCUUCGCUCUUGGUCGAGGAUGGCCGUGUCACUCAGCUCGCCGAGGGCUCUCUCUUAGGUCUACCAAGCUCGACCGAAGUGAUUGAUGCCACAGGCAAGACCAUAUCCCCGGGUUUCAUCAAUACCCAUCACCAUAUGUGGCAGUCUGCGUUCCGGACUCUUGGUCCCGAUACAUUUCUGAGCGAGUAUUUCGCAGGGCGGUACUCUCAGCAGGGUCCAUCUGGACAGCAUUUCACGCCAGAGGAUGUCUACCUGGGGCAAUUGGCAUGCGCUCUCGAAAUGAUUGACGGCGGCACGACUACAGUGCUCGACCAUGCGCAUGGCGUGUUCACGAACGAGCACGUUGAUGCAGCCCUAGAAGCGAGCUUCCAUUCAGGCCUUCGCAUCUUCUUCGCCCAUGCCAUUCAGGAGAUAAAGACGACCGGAUAUACUACUGGUAUGGCGACAGAAAAAUUGCUACAGCUGUCAAGAGAUCCACGAUUCGCGGACAAGGCCAAUCCCAUGGCACUGGGAGUCGCCUACGACGGGUGGGCAUUUGCACCGGUCGAAACAAACGUGAAGGUUAUGGACAUGAUUAUCAACCACAACAACACCGUGUCGCACCCCAGCGCGCCUUUCUCGCUGAUCACCAGCCAUCAUGUCGCCGGCCCAUUCCCUGCCACCAAUUCUCCGACUCUCCUUGAUUCAUUUCCCACCUCCGCUCUGUCCCAGCCGAAUCUAACCACACCCGCGAAGGUCCCCGUCGUCUUCUCACACGCCUCCUUCUUGUCGAACAACGACGCCAAGGUCCUCCGUAGCAACCCGCACGCCUCCAUCUCCACCACCCCCGAAUCCGAGGCACACUACGGGCACACAAGCGUAGGCGCGGACCUGUGUCAGGACUGUGCGAGUCUCGGCGUUGACACACACUUCACCUUCUCCUCCUUCAUGCCGUUCCAGGCGAGAUUUUGGCUGCAGUCGCAGCGGUACGGACGAUACCGACAGACACUGGCGGACAACGGGGAAGUGCCGAUUAACAAUCCCAUGAACUGCGAAGCUGCAUUCUUGCUGAUGACGCAAAAAGGUGGAGAGGCACUGGGAAGGAAGGACUUGGGCGUCAUUAGCGUUGGUGCGCAGGCCGAUCUGGUGCUCAUCGACACGAAGACACGGGCUGGACUGUGGGCGGUGAGAGACCCGGUGGCUGCUGUGGUGCUGCAUUUGGGCGGUGCGGGAGAUAUUGAAGGAGUCAUGGUUCAGGGUAAGUGGUUAAAGAAGGAUCACGAGAUUAUGAGCCCCCUUGUGGGGCCUGGUGGAAAAGACGUGGCGGUGGACAGUGUGAGAGAUCGAUUUGAGGUCAGUGCGCUGCGGAUCCAGAGGAUUUGGGAAGCGUUGCCACGGCCUGUAUUCGAAGAGGGCGCAGAAAGUAUGUCGGGUGCGAAGUACGGGAAGUGCAAGACUGUCUCUGUAAAGAGAAAAGGUUCCCAGCGCGUCUAA